AUGGGAGGUUUCGUGAGUAUCUUGAGUGCAGUGUAUUUCAUUUUGUUCGGUUCGCAAAAAAUUAAUCCAUGGGGUAUCGUUCAACGUUAUGUUCUUAAAAAUGUCCCACCUCCUCCCUCCAUCUAUUCACCGACCGCCACAUUGUACUCGGAUGUUAAAGUCAGACCUCAAGAUAUCGAGGCUGGUGAUUCGCAUGUAACCGACUCUCCCAUUCAGCCGACAGAUUUAACACCCGAACAUAAAUUGCACAAGGAAUACGUGCAACGAUACUCUCAGGGGCCACUCACGCUUACAGUUGACAUGGAUGAUCCCAAAAUACAGGAAAUAAGGCAUGAGUUGCGCGCAGAAGUGCAACGAACCAUUGCCAACGAACUUGCCAAAUUAAGAUUGUUCUUGAGUAAAUAUUAUCUUAAAGAUAUCAUAAAAGCCGAAUGA